AUGGCUAAGUGGCAGAGAAUGGCCAUCCUAGGGAGAAGGAUCACAAUGGCCAAAAGAGAUGCUUCUCUUACCAAUGAUGUUGAUGCACUUCAUUGCUCAGUAGCAGAGAGAGGCCAUUUUGUGGUUUACACUGUGGAUAGCCAGAGAUUCACGGUUCCCUUGGCAUAUCUUGAUACCAAAAUCUUCAGAGAGCUCUUCAGAAUAUCUGAAGAGGAGUUUGGACUACCAAGAGAUGGGCCGAUCAUACUACCUUGUGACGCUGCAUCCAUGAAGUAUAUAAUGUCUAUGCUCGCAAGGCGGAUUUCGAAAGAUGUGGAGAAAGCAUUACUUAGCUCUAUUGUAGUCCCUCGCCAUUCUACAUGUUCAUUCGCCCCUGUAGGAGUUAGCCGAGAAGUAGCAAUCUGUAGCUUCUAA